AUGUCGUUUCAGAAUGGUGCCGUCACCGGCGACCAAGAUUCCUACUGGCGGCACAAACAGGCCAACGGUAGUGCGAAGGGGGCCAUCUCCAAGAUCAACGACAUCCUCGGCGGCUCGGAUGAUCUUCCAAUGUACAAGGACAAGCCUCAUUUUCCACAAUCUAGACGCCGGAAAUGGUGGCAACAGCGCAGGUCGCUCACGGUUCUGGCGACACUUACCAUAACUAUACUAUGGCUAACGGGAUGGUUCUCGACCGCACCCAAAUUGGAAUCCUACAGCAGUUUCACGUCGGGACAGACGUACACGAAAGACCCGAAACUAUGGAGAGAACGAGCUGAUGCUGUGAGGGAGGUGUUUAAAACAACGUGGAACGGCUACGAGAAACAUGCCUGGGGAAUGGACGAAUAUCAUCCACUGUCAAAAACUGGCCGAAAUAUGGUGGAAGGCGGCAUGGGCUGGAUCAUAGUUGACUCUCUAGACACUGCCAUACUCAUGAACCUGACAUCAGAGGUGGCCCGAGCAAGGGAAUGGAUAUCUACCUCGCUCUCAUAUACCGCCGACCACGAUGUCAAUACUUUCGAAACCACCAUCCGCAUGCUCGGUGGCCUCCUCUCCGCUUACUACCUCUCAACCAACUACCCGCAUCUUGCGCCCCUCCUGGACGACGAUGUCCUGCAACCGGGUGAAGACUUAUACAUUGAAAAGGCCACAGACCUUGCCGACCGUCUGCUCGGCGCCUACGACACCCCAUCCGGCAUUCCCCAGGCAUCUGUAAAUCUCAACAAGUCCGAAGGCAUACCGGCAGGCGAUGGCCUUUCUUCAACUGCCGAAGCAGCCACUCUGCAGCUGGAGAUGAAGUAUCUGUCCAAAACCACCGGCGAGCCAAUCUACUGGGAGCGUUCUGAACAGAUUCUAAAGGUCAUUGACGACCAACAGAUGGAGGGAGGGCUGGUGCCGAUCUUCAUGCAUCCUAGCAGCGGCACGUUUCGAGGUCAGAACAUCCGACUAGGUUCUCGCGGCGACUCGUACUACGAAUAUCUCAUCAAACAGUUCCUGCAAACCAAGGGCGGCGAGCCCGUCUACAAGGAGAUGUGGGAUGAUGUUAUGGACGGCAUCAAACGUUAUCUCAUCACCUGGACCAAGCAUUCAAACCUGGCCAUCAUUGGUGAGCGACCGGGUGGCCUGCAUCACGAGCUGACACCCAAAAUGGACCACCUCGUAGCUUUCAUGCCAGGCACGAUCGCCCUUAGCCUGACCAACGGCACUACCGUGAAAGACGCCAAGGCCCGCCUCGGUCCACUCUGGACUAAGAAGCACGAUGAAGACCUCCGACUCGCCGAAGAACUGAUGAAGUCCUUCUGGGGCAUGUACAAGGUGACGGCCACCGGCCUGGCUCCGGAGAUCAGCUACUUCGCCAUCGACAACCCGCCUCGCCAGUGGUCCUUCGACGACCCAGACUGGUCGCCACCCACCCCCGAUGAGCUAUCCGACGACAUACACGCACCAUGGCGCCUCGAUUACGACAUCCACCCGCAGGACGAGCACAAUCUGCAACGGCCCGAGACCGUCGAGUCUCUCUUCUACAUGUACCACAUCACAGGCGACACCAAGUACCGCGAGUGGGGCUGGGAGAUGUUCGAGAACUUCCGCACCCACACCCAAGUCAUCGACGAGCUGACGGGCCAGGUCUACGCCUACACGUCCCUGGACACGGUGACGGAGAGCCCCGUGCGGCCCAAGCGCCGCCGCGACAACAUGGAGAGCUUCUGGCUCGCCGAGACCCUCAAGUACUUCUACCUGCUCUUCAGCGACCUCGACGGCGAGGACGGCCUGCCGAAGCUGGAGGAUAUCGUCAUCAACACCGAGGCCCACAUCUUCCCGCGCUUCAGCAUCGAGGACUCAAAGGUGUGGAAGACGGGCUGGAGCCGGAAGCCGAAGAAGGCUGCUUCGCCAGCCCCGGAUGCGCAGCAAGGGCAGCAGGUACCCGUGGGCUUGGGCGUCAGGAUUGAUCCGAAAGACGACUGGGCUGCCGAUGUCAAGGCUGGGAACAUCGGGCUGGAGAAGAAGGCCGAGGAGGCGGAGCCAGAGGGCGAGGAAGAUGGCUAUGCAUUUCCUCCGCCGCCAGUGGUUGUCGCCAGCACGAAUAAAGAGGUUGAUGAGCAGGGCAGAAGCCUCGAUGAGAAGCUCGCCAAGAUGGAGCAAGAAUGGGUGGACAAAUCGUGGGAUGAUGGCGCGGCUGGGGCUGGGGCCGGCAAAGGCAAAGGCCCAAAGAGUCAUACUUCGCAUAAUGGCGGCGGCGGCGGCGAGGCCGUCAAGCUGAAAGACCGCAAUCGCUCGUAA